UUGGUUGAGGGGAGAUGAAAGUCUGGAGGCUCGCGCUUCAUACCCGCGUUUGUGUUUACACGCAGUACUCGAGACAGACGAGCGGCAGCGUCAGGACUAUGGCGCUCCACAGAUAACAGCGGAGAUGUCACAACUAUGGCAUUAUAUUUAACGCUCAAAGACAACUUUUUCUUCUCGUCUCAACAGGAAUAAAAGCUGUCAAGUACUUUUGUUUUCGAUUCGUUCGCGGAAUAAUUCAGCAGUUUUCAAACAGUGCCAGAGAAAACGCGUUCGCUGGUUCAGUGGAGUUGUGAAUGAGAUGAACUUUACGCAGGUUGUUGGCUAUUUUGUGUUUCACUACGGACGGGGACUGCGAUGUGCCUGACUGAACAUUUUGUGUAACUGUAAUUCGACAUAUAUCGCGUCCUGAUUUGGGGAAAUAGGGUUUGUUAUAAACCACGGUGCGUUCUUUUGUAAGUUUGUGAAGUUUGAGGAGGAACCCGCCUCCACGUUUCGUACUAACGUUAUUUGAAGUAUCCUUCGCAGAGGAUUCAGCGAGGUUCAGCCGACUGGAGCGAGAGCACCUGGGGGCAUUUGGCAGUAGCGUGACCGGGUGAAGAUGCUCUCAGCGUGGAUACACCGCGACCAUUCUCCCGCCUGCCUGCUCGGUUUAGCUAUACUCUGCGCAACCUUUGCGACCCAUGCAGAUGGCAGCGAUUACAGCGAAGUUCUCCCUGACUCAUUUCCAUCUGCCCCGGCCGAACCGUUGCCGGAAUUCCAGAGCGAGCCAGAGGACGCCUUCAUAGUGAAAAACAGACCGGUCAAACUUACCUGCAAGGCUGCUCCGGCCACGCAGAUAUACUUCAAAUGCAACGGAGAAUGGGUGAACCAGAAUGACCAUGUGACCAAGGAGAGUCUGGACCCUAUCACAGGUCUAGUAGUGAGAGAAGUAGAUAUCUCUGUCUCCCGGACGCAGGUAGAGGAGUUGUUUGGACUGGAGGAUUAUUGGUGCCAGUGUGUUGCCUGGAGCUCGGCAGGCACCACAAAGAGCCGGCGGGCUUAUGUCCGCAUCGCCUACCUACGGAAGAACUUUGAACAGGAGCCACUUGGCAGGGAAGUGCGUCUGGAGCAGGAAGUCUUGUUGCAGUGUCGUCCACCAGAGGGCAUCCCGCCUGCUGAGGUGGACUGGCUGAAGAACGAAGAGCUCAUUGACCCGGCGCUGGAUUCUAACUUUCUAAUUACCAUCGACCAUGACCUAAUCAUCAAGCAGGCUCGACUCUCUGACACAGCUAACUACACCUGCGUGGCUCGUAAUGUGGUCGCUAAGCGACGCAGCAGCACUGCCACACUCAUCGUCUACGUGAGUGGGGGCUGGUCAUCCUGGACAGAGUGGUCAGAGUGCAAUGCUCAGUGUGGGCGGGGUUGGCAGCGACGGACACGCAGUUGCACCAAUCCAGCACCGCUCAAUGGAGGAGCCUUCUGUGACGGCCCACCAUUCCAGAGAGUCACCUGCACCACCCUCUGUCCAGUGGACGGAGGCUGGACGGAAUGGGCCAAGUGGUCAGCGUGUGGGACAGAGUGCACACACUGGCGAAGCCGUGAAUGUCAGGCGCCCCCACCACGUAAUGGAGGACGCCACUGCAGCGGCAGCAUGAUGGAGAGCAAGAACUGCACGGAGGGACUGUGUGCCCGCAAUAAAAAGGUUUCUAUUGAACAAGCAAACCAUCCUCUGGGCUCCGGCACUGGUGUAGCAGUGUACGCAGGGCUGGUGGGUGCUUUGCUGCUGUGUGUGAUCCUCGUGCUGUGUGUGAGCAUCCUGGUCUAUCGCUGGAGCUGCCGCCAUCUUCACGGUGAAAUCACAGAUUCGUCCUCGGCCCUUACCGCUGCCUUCCACCCAGGCAACUACAAACCGCCACGACAGGAUAAUCCACACCUACUCCAUCCGACAGCCCCUCCUGACCUCACAGCCAGUGCCGGAACCUUCCGUGGACCGCUUUUCUCACUGCAGCAGGCCACCCUAGACUCUCAGCACAAGAUCCCUAUGACCACAUCUCCCCUGUUGGACCCACUUCCUAGCCUGAAGAUAAAGGUGUACAACUCCUCUACCAUGUCCUCCCUCGAGCUGCCGACAGGCCUGGGCUCUACUGACGGGGAGAUCAUGAGCCUGAAGACUGUGGGCUCUGGAUCUAAAGACCACCACAGGCAUACGCUACCCAGGGAGCCCAGUCACAGUGCCAGCGCCACACUAGGCUCCCUUGGUGGCCGUCUCACCAUCCCUAAUACAGGGGUGAGCCUGUUGGUUCCACCAGGGACAAUUCCUCAGGGCAAGUUCUACGAGAUGUAUCUCAUUAUCAACAAAUGGGAGAAAACAACGUUGCCUUCAGAUGGAAGUCAGACCGUAUUAAGUCCGGUGGUGAGCUGCGGACCCUCUGGCAUGCUGCUGAGCAGACCUGCGGUCCUAACUCUGCCUCACUGCGCCCAGCUAGAACCCACAGACUGGACCCUCACCCUCAAAAUGCAGAACCAUCAAGGUGCCUGGGAGGAGGUGUUAACUGUGGGAGAGGAGAGUUUGUCAACACCAUGCUACCUACAGGUGGAGGAGCAAAGCUGUCAUAUUCUGAUGGAGCAGCUGGGGACAUAUGGUUUGGUGGGACAGUCGGCUCCCCCUCGACCAGCUUGUAAGAGGCUGCAGUUGGCCCUCUUUGCUCCCCGGGCCCCGUGCCUCUCUUUAGACUACAGCCUGAGGGUCUAUUGCAUACAGGACACCCCACAUGCCCUUAAGGAAGUAUUAGAGGUUGAGCGAAGUUUGGGUGGGGUUUUAUUAGAGGAUCCCAAACCCCUCCUCUUUAAGGACAGUUACCACAACCUGCGGCUAUCAAUUCAUGACAUUCCUCAUUCUCAUUGGAGGAGUAAACUCCUGGCUAAGUAUCAGGAAAUCCCGUUCUACCACAUUUGGAGUGGGAGUCAACGACCGUUGCAUUGCACCUUCAGUCUGGAGAGAGGAAGCCUGCUGGUUUCCCAGCUCACCUGCAAGAUUUGUGUCAGACAGGUGGAGGGGGAGGGACAGAUAUUCCAGCUUAAUACUGACAUCCAAGAGACUUUGCCCCCCCACUCACCAUUGCCAGCAGGCGGUUCGUGUCUGCCUUCGUCUCAAGUGGGCCCGUAUGCUUUCCGACUGCCCGUCUCCAUACGGCAGAAAAUUUGUGCCAGUCUGGAUGCCCCCAGCGCACGAGGCUGUGACUGGAGAAUGCUGGCUUGCAAGCUGGACUUCGACAGGUAUCUGAACUACUUUGCAACCAAACCCAGCCCCACAGGUGUGCUGCUAGACCUGUGGGAAGCUUGUCACCAGGGUGACGCAGACCUGGUCUCCCUGGCGACAGCUCUUGAAGAGAUGGGCAAGAGUGAGGUCUUGGUUGUCAUGACGACGGACGGAGAUUGCUGAUCGGCAAAUCAAAAAGUGUGAAAAGGGGAUAUAUUUGCUAGGUUUUUACCUAGAAUUAAUGCAAGCGGAUGGAAACUGCGUUCCAGUACAUCGUUACAACUUGCCUUUUACCUCAGUUCCUUUGUGCUCAUACAGAAUAUUCCAAGGAUCGAGACGCCUGUGAGCUGGGGUCAGGUGCUCUGGAUGAUCUCCGAAUAAUACAUAUCAAAAUGUAGCAAAUGUGACGAAGCUGCAAUCACAAAACAGAGAUGUUGUUUGAAAAGGAAGUCGGUGCAUUUGCUGGCACGGUUCCGAUCAGCUCAUGAUUAAAUGAUAGUUGCAUCAUACUGAUACACACUGAUUCCCUGCAACACAUACCAAGCGUGAAAGUACAUGAUCAAACGCCAUUGCACAUCAAGCCGCUGGCUUUGUUUCCUAGCGACCGCUAGAUGCUUAAAGACACUGAGAUUCUGUGUCCGGUAAAACAGCAGUGUGCCAAGCUCCUCAGGAAACAUGCUCACACACAAAUAAACAAGAGUAUAGAUGGAUAAAAAGGCCAACCAGCAAGGAGCUAAAAUCAUCUGCACUAAAAUUAGUUUCAUAAUGAUUUCACUUUAGUUUGAAGCGUUAUUUUCUGUGUGUCUUUUGAAAUAGCAUACAGGAAUGAAUUUGUGCGUUCUCGUUAACGGGACCAAACUUUUUGCUGGAAUUUAAUCUUUUUUUUUUCUCUCUGAUCAUACCUUCAUUAGCCUCCUUUAUCUGUCUUUUUUUAUUCAAUUAAUCAUUUGUAACGCAGGAGAGCUUUCUGGUAAACUCAUAUUAGUUUCCUAUAGGGAACGGACUUUUUUAAGUUAUUAUCCCUAUUUGUGGAUCAUUGUUUUUCACUUUUCUGUUCGUAACUGCUGUUAUGCAUUGUUUUUAAACUGCUGCGUCGUUGCAUUCAUCUCUGAGUGAACUUAGGCAGGAUUGCAGUAUAAAUGUGCAUUUAAAGGUUUUGUGAUGUACUUCACAAGUAGAAGCUGAUUUUUUUGGUCAUUGAAACUGAGAUGGGAUGAAAUUGAAAUGUUACACUGAGGUUAAAUGUGCUUUGAUCCUUCUUGGGAAAGCGUGCUUCAAAUAUGCUGCGCUGGUUAAAUAGGAUGAGAAUUGCACGGAUGGCAGAAAGCCCUUUUCGGGGGUUUGAUGCCAGUCAGUCGUGCUGUUUAAAUUAUAAAUAGUAGCCUUGAGAGGUGGCGUAAGUGCUCUGUUGAUUGCAGUAUGACCCACUUGCUCUUUAUUGUCUGUUUUGACUUUCAGGUUUUAAUGGGUUUCCCUUGAGUAAGCCUGAAUGCCAUGUACCGCUUAUUAUCAGAAGUCA